AAAAAACAUUUACAUCGAUAUGUCGGCAUCGAUGUUGUUUCUACACCUCUGACCGCAACGAAGCGCAUAGUAAAUAAUACGUAAAGUGAAUGUUUGUGAAAUUGAUGCAUAAUGCCAAUGAAUAGGCUAUUGCUAUCGAUAAAUAUGCAGCUGCUGCUGCCAUUGAAACAAUAACAACAAGCGGAAGCAUUUCGUUCAUUCGCUGUUUUCUUCAGUUCGUUCGUUCGUACAACGAGUGUUGACUUAACAGCGAUGCAGAUGCAGAGCAUUAACAAACUUUGCAGCAAAAACCAUAACAAAAAAAACAGCAAUAACAACCACAACAAUAGCAGCAACAGCGAUGAGCAGGAAUUUCUGAGCCACACUUGCAUUGAAUGAGAGUCCUUGGUGUUGCUGCAUGUCACGCCACGCCAACAUGUCGGACUAUUUACCCUGGACAGAACUUUAUGAAGACAUACUGAACUUGCACUGGAAGUAUCUUGACGCCGACUUGGGUGACCAGAAGCUGAAGGAUCGUAAGAAUCUGGAAUAUUGCCUGAAGAACUUUCUUAGCGUGGUGUCGCACGAUCGCAAAUUCUUUUUGCCGGAAACGGGGCAAGUACUGCGCCGAACCGUCUGCGAUUUGAAUGAGUUUACGGGCCAGCGAGCAAUCAUUGGCUUCGAGGCCAUCAGCCAGUAUGCCAGCAAUCUGUACACCAAACCGUGGCGUAAAGAAUUUCGCGAACUGAAGACUUACUCUGGCUCGUAUCAGCAUGAAGUGGAGUCCAAUUUGUUGGAUGCCGAUAAGCUAUUUCUGGCCAUGGGCUAUCGUCGCAGUGCCGAGGAUACGUUUGUGUUGGAGGGACCAAUUUGUCCGGACCAGGUUGCAAAUGUGGCACGCGAUGCCAUGACCGCCUAUGUGGAGUGCCAAAUUAUGAAACGGAUUUAUGCUAGUCUUCAGUCUACCGGCUUAAAUUGCACUUGGAAGGAGAUUUUCCAUUAUCGUGAAAGCCACAUUUGCAACGCUUCCCAGGCCAUCAAGGAUAUAAGCGAGAAACUUAUGCGCAGAGAGCAAAAACAGAAACAGCAGCAGCAUCAGGACCUCAUCAAUUUGGAGAACACGUACAGCAAUGUGACUCGUAAUCGCUGUGAAAAUUGCGUCACGGAAAAGCAAACGAUGCUACGCGGACAUGGCAAUAGUAAUCGCAAUGCUUGUGCACUGCAUCAGUCAGUCCCGCCCACGAAUCUCAGUUGCAUGUACCAGCAGCCGUCGGCCGCAUUGAUGACGCAUUCACGUAGCUUGGAGCAUUAUCAGGAGCCGCAUGCACUGUUGCCGCAUCGCCAUUCAUUUGAUCAGCAUCCCAAGGAUUGCAGCGUGCAGCAUCAGCAUUCGCAUUCACAUCCGCAUCCUCAUUUGAAUCCCCAUCUGUAUGAGGUGCCCUACGAUUGCUUAGAUGGUCUAAGCAUGGGCAGCACCGCAUCGUAUGCAGCCGUUACGGGUGGCUACAACGCACCCGGCAAUCGCAUUCCUUUGCCGUACAACAUCUCUAGCCAACUGAACGCACAAUAUGACACGCCACACGAUGGCUACGCGAAUGCGGACCACAAUAGUAGCAAUAUGUAUGCCAGCAUUGGCAAACCAACAACGGCCUCAGCUGUGCCGCAUAGUUGUGGAUAUUAUGGCACUCAUGUGCCAGUUGCUCCACAGAGUAAUCGACACUCAGCUAAUGUGGCUGCCAUGCAGCACAGACAGAGCACAUAUCCGCCGGAUGAGCAUCUGAUUGCGUUCAAUGAGCAUGCGCAGCUGAUGCAACAUGAUUUCAGCGAUCCACGUCAGUACGAACCGCGUUAUGGUCAACAAGCGAGUAUACCGCGCAUUCAGUCAAGCAAGCAUGGCAUGAAUAGCGGUAUGUAUGCGCAACCAUCGGUCUACACCGGUGGCAACUACGACUUGCCAACGACGCUGCCACAGCCGCCACAGCAUCAGCCGGAUAUGUGUGUCUAUGCCCAGCCCAUGCCCAAAAGCAGCCGCAUUCGUGCACAGCGUGAAGCGGCGGAAUCAUCAACAUUAGACAGGCCUCAGCGGCAUCAUGAUCAACUCAUUGAUCCCCUGGACAAUAAUCGCAAAGCGACGCACAAGGAAUUGAGGGAGCGUAUUAGUCUGACAGCUGGCGCAAUAGCAGCACCAGUGGAUGCCCAUUAUCAUCAUCAUCAACAACACCAACAUCAGCGAGAUCGUGAUCUGAACAUCUCCGAUACAACAACUACCAGCUAUGAAUCGCCCAGUUUGGAUGAGUUUACAUUUGUAAACAGCGCGUCGCCGCCACUAAAUCCCAAAGAACAGGAUGGUCUUGGCAGCUACGAGGCCUGGAACUAUGUGUUUAAGAAUCUUGACAACAAGGAUCUGGGCGAUCGUGACGAUUUGCUGAUGCAGAGCUUGGACCUCGACGCACUGACACUAGCUAAUGGAGGACACUCCCCGACUGCUGCUAGCGUCGAAAAGCGACGCCCUGAGGCGCACAGUCAAACGGUCAAUGUGGAAAAGUCACGAGCAUUGGAGAAGAAACGUGAAGUACGAGCUGUACACGCGCCGCCUCCAACACCAGCUCCCAACAGCAGCAUCGCGGGUGUGAAGAAAGUGAAAUCUGCAUUAAAAACAGCUACAAUUGACAAUCGAACAACUGGCUCUAGAGUGGAGACACACACGGGCGCCAUAGCAAAAACCUCAGCUGGUCGAAAUCGAAAGAACUCAACUGGCGCUGUGGCUAAACAACCGCCACCUGUGUCCACGCAACUGAUUGUGACCAGUCCAAAUGAAUGGAGUUGUCGCUUCUGCACGUUUCUAAAUCCUGACACUACACGCGUCUGCGCGAUGUGCUCGCACAGCAAGGAUUUCAAUAUGGAGGCCGCGGCGAAUGUAUCACAGCAUGCCUCAUCCACCUGUGUCUAGCACCCAAGAAAAUGAUGAUUAGUUAAAAUUUUACUCUACGUGAUAUAAACACAGUAUAGAGUUUGAAUAUACCCUACAUACAUGUACAUAUAUAUAUAUAUGUUUAUCAUAUAUGUAUGUAUAGAUAUCUAUUUUUUAUACGAAAUUGUCAUUUAGAACUGUGUGUGCAUGUUGAUAUACAUAGAAUGAAGGUUCACUAGUCUUAUAGUCUUGUAUCCCGACCUCCUCUCAUUCUUUUUCAAGACCUGCAUUUGUACAGACAUAGUUGCAUACAUAUGUUAUAGUAAUAUAGUGAUUAAGUUUAGUUUAAGUGGCAAGUUUCAGUUACGACUCGUGUACACAAAAAUGCUUUAAUUAGAUUGUAGACUUGUUUCCAUUUGUUGUGGGCGUCGCUUUUGUUGCAAAUGAUGUGCCUACACCUGGUAUAUAAGACGUAUGAUGUAUGUAUGUGUUACUAAGUAGUUUUAAUAAACAAAUAGUAUAUAUA